AUGACUGCACCUCACAGGCACAAUGCACACUCUGCAACUGUUUUUGCUCUUCCUACCAACUAGUUGUCUCAAACAAAAUGCAAGAAGAGUUCAAUGCUCUAUAUGGCAUCAGUGCAACACAGGAUAAGGCACGUAUGUGGAGGAUUCCUUGUCAGUGAAGACUUCGUAUUGACUGCUGCACACUGUGAUGAUUGGAAAUGUUGUUCUGGGCACCCACAAUCUCAAGAAAGCUGAGAAGACCAUGAUAUAUCAAAUAAAAAAGAAGUGCAAGCAUCCUUCUUACAAGAAUGCUAAAUCUGGAAAUGAUAUCAUGCUUCUCAAAGGUGAUUCUGGGGGUCCUCUGGUAUGUGACAAGAAGAUGGCACCCAUAUACAAAUGCACACACACACACACGCACACACAUACACACACAUGUGUGCAUUUACACUACUUUAACAUCUGACAUGUGACCGUGAAGGUGUAGCUGGAAAAUGUGGUUUCAUUGACUCACAGACUCAACAUAUACGUGUUGAUGAAAGCCACAGAAACAUUGUAAGGUGAUGCAUAAAGCAGACAAACUGCCCCCCUAAACAACGACAUUUUACUUGACUUCCACGCAUCAUGCACGCUCUACAGAAGUGUCUUCUAGUCACAGCUGUGACAUGCCUCAUACAAAAUGUACUGGGAAGUGAAAUCAUAAAUGGCAAAAAGGCUGAUGAAAAGUUCAUGCAGUAUAUGGCAUCAGUACAAAACAACAAAAUACACACAUGUGGAGGAUUCCUUGUCAGUGAAGACUUUGUAAUGACUGCUGCGCAUUGUGCUGUUAAGAAGCUUAAAUCCUUAAGUGUUGUUCUGGGCACCCAUGAUCUCAAGAAGGCAAAUAAGAAAAUGAGAUAUGGAGUAAAAAUGAUGUGCAGACACCCUGCCUUCAAGGAAGUUGCAAAUGGGAAUGACAUCAUGCUCCUCAAACUGUCUAAGAAAGUUUCCCUGGGUGGCAAAAAACCAAUUAAGCUAAUUCCACUUCCAAUUCAAAAACUAAACCUGAAGGAAAAGAAGAUCUGCAGUGUAGCUGGAUGGGGGCCCACAGAACCUCGUAAACAUCGAUCUGGUUAUGUUAAUGAGCUGCAAGUGUUGGAUGUUCCCAUCAUUAACAAGGACGAGUGUCAGAAGGUGUGGGGACAAAUUCCCAAAAAUGUUAUUUGCGCCGGUGGAUACAAAGCAAAGAGUGGAAUCUGUCAGGGUGAUUCUGGUGGGCCUCUCAUAUGUAACAAGUUGGCUGUUGGCAUUGUUUCCUUUAACAACGACAAUGGCUGUAACUAUCCAGAUGUCCCAAACGUCUAUACAGACAUAUCACAAUUUCUUCCUUGGAUCACAGAUAUUCUCAAGAAAAAAAAAUGCAAAGGGUAAAAAAUAUUUUAAAUUGUGUUAUGGGUGUAUUGUAAGACUGUUGGGCAAGUGAUAUGUGAGCUGUGUAAACUGCUUAAAUUCUGCAAUAUCUAACAUUAAAGGGCCUUUC